CACUCCCGGCUGAGCGGCGCUGCUCCCCCGUCCCUGCUCCCUGCGCCGCCGGCCCGGGGCUGAACCAGACCCACCCGACAGAGGAGGCGACAGGCAGCUGGGGCCAGAACGGGCCGAGCCAGCCGCAUUCCGCCGCCGCCGGGCCCUGCCCGUCCCGCUCCGGCACCGAGACCCCGCUGCCCCGGGCCUCCGGAGCGGAGCCUCUCCGUGCGCUCUCCGCCUCGCUUCCCGGCUCCCGCCCGCGGGGCUUCAGCCUGCCCCGGCGGCGAUGCAGGCGCUGGCCCUGGCGCUCUGUGCCCUGCAGCUGUGCCCAGCUGUGCGGGGCGGCCGGGGGGGGCAGCCCUUCCUGGCGGAGAGGCCUCAGUCCCGGAGGCUGAGCAAGAUUGAUGGCUUCUCGUGGGAGAACUGUGGCAAUGGGACCGAUCCCUUUGUGAUUAAGAGUCUGUCCAUAACCCCGGACCCGAUCCACAUCCCCGGGGACCUGAAAGUCAGCAUGGCGGUUUCCAGUGAAGUUGACAUCGUCACCUCUGAAGGCGGUGUUUACCGUGAAAAGAAGAUAGUUGACAUGUGGAUAAAGGUCCCCUGCGUGGACGAGAUUGGGAGCUGCACAUACGAUAACCUUUGCGGAAUCCUGGACAACAUCAUCCCGCCCGGAACACCAUGCCCCGAGCCCCUGCUCAGCUAUGGCAUCCCCUGUCACUGCCCCUUCAAACAGGGCUCCUACUCCCUGCCAACCAGUGAGUUCUACUUGCCCGUCAUACAGUUGCCCUCCUGGCUGACUAAUGGCGAAUACCACGUCCAGGUUGUCUUGAGCAACGGUGCCAAGCAGCUCGCCUGUGUCAAGGUGGCCUUGUCCCUCCACUCUGCGUGAGGCUGGCCAGCCCUGCCCGACCACGAGCCCACCCCGCGCUGAGACACACACCGGAGCCGGUUGACAGUUCUCUUCCUCCUUCCUCUGCCUCUUGCUGCCGCCUGCCCUCACACAGCUGCUGCUUCCCCUUUCCUGCCUUUCUUUGCCCUUCUCCCUCUCAGAAAAGGGGCCAGUGGAAGGGGGGAUGGCGGGGGAGAGAGGCCUUUCUCUUCUGUGCAGGGUGGACUUAGAGGUGGGCAAGGUUGGCAAAUGGGUUGGGUCCCUCCUGAUCCUGAUUCAAAACUUGUUGAAGUCAAUAAGAGCCUUUCCAAGGGCUCCGGCCCCUAGUGAGGAGACUUGAGAGAAUCUUUGUCACAGUCCCUACAAUUGCAGCCCCACUUGUUGCGUUUCCCAGCGGGGCUUUGAUCCCUUCCCUCCACCCCGUCCAUGCUGUUCUGUAGAGCAGCGUCCCUCUCCUGGUCCAGGUCGGCUGUGCACCAUUCCCCAUGCCAGCUUUGGGCUGAUCCAUUGAAGUCAAUAGAAACCCUCCCCCCACCCCACCCCAGUCCCUGUUGAUUUCAGGCCCGUAUGGAUCAGGCCCAUAGGGAGGCAAAUGGCACUAAACAGAACUUCCCAUCGCAGUUGCUGUGUGAUUCCCAGCUGCGCUUUGCUGGGGAACGCCCCGCGCUGCAGCGCAAUGUGCUGGAUGGCCAUUUGGGUCUCUUCUGCCCAACUUCUCUGAUCCUAGGAAAUAUCAGGUUAAAUUACUGGCUCGGGUCUAAUGCCGAGUCUUUCUCGUCAUAUCCUAGUGGUGGCUCUAGCUUUCAGGAGCUCUGUUCCAGGCCAGAAUGUCCCCUAUGCACUCUCUCACCUUGAGAGAGUUGUAUCACUUUGCUAUAAGCCAGCCUUAUGGAGGGGGGUCUAAUUUGAUUAUUUUCCCACAGAUUUAAUGAAAUUGCAUUCUUCAUGUUGCUUAACGCUCCCUUCUCCCCCACACCAGUCAGUACAGUGGGAGGGCCCGUUUAGCCUCCAGCUGACUGGUGUA